CGUACUUCAUGCAGUUGAACAGUGCCGGUACGUUGGGCCUCGACAAGUCCGAUGUAUGUGGGUUCGAUUGACAGCAGGGCGCCGCUUCCUCUCACUGGGGCUCUUCGCCUCUUCACGCUCUCACGCCAACUCCACCGUCAGUGACGUAUGCGUGUCACGUGCUCGCCUCUUCCCUCUCGACGUCCGCCGUAUUUUCCUUCCCUCCAUUGGCUGCUCACACACUGGAACCACUCGAAAUAAAACAACAAGCUCGAACCGAACGAAGCAGGGUCGCGGGCGCGAGCGACGGGGCUCCACGCGUCUUGACGAUCGGCCGAUGGACGGGGCAGCUUCCUCCUGCAAGUUACCAUCAAUGAGGCGCCGACCUGCCGUCGGUGUGUUGGUUCCGCUGAGCUGCUACCAUUGAAAACUUUUUAGGGUGUGUGUUUUGUUUGCCUCAACGACGUGCGCCGACAACGUGAGGCUACCAUGAAAGUUCCAAGUAGACGUACGGACGUGCUGCGCGCUGUCCCUCCCUCCACGCCCGGCCUAUAGGCUGCCAGCAACGACCCAUCCUCCCGAUCACACCCCCACCGGCAGUUAUUUGAGUGACGCUCCCCGCCGUGUGGCCACACCAUGGCCAGCAAAAGGAAGUCCACAAUACCUUGUAUGAUCCCCAGCAAGAUCAUACGGCACUUUGAGGACGUCGAAGCGGACAUUCCGGUUCUCCAGCGGCAAACUGCGAUUUCCGGAGGCAGCGGCAGGCGCAGCCCGCCGGACCUGGCGCUCUCGCCCAAACUAGAGACAGCAGACCCUGUCGUAGACGACGCGGGGACAUACAUCUGCAAGCCUUGCCACUUUGAAACCUAUGACCUUAAUUUGUUCUUAGACCACGUGUACGCCGGGCACCCGGAAUUCCGUUCAGACCCGAGCUUCCUCUGCGUGAACUGCGGUUUUUCGGCGCUUAAAUUCGAAGGCCUUGCCCUUCAUAAUGCCAGGAUUCACCCCAGCACCUUCAAUUGCCCUCUGCAGCUGAGAAGGAGGGAUAGGAGGGCAGUGGUGGAGCAGACAAUAGCAACCGGGUCAGAUGAAGGCAAAGAUAAUGAGAUUUCCAUUACCAAAACCCCAAUCAUGAAGAUGCUGAAGGGCAAAUCGGAGCUCAAACGGAUUGUAAUGUCCCAGCCUUCGUCGGAUGCGCACUCCUUAUCUGGCUCCAAGGAGCCUGAGAAAAAGGAGACUGUCACAGUGGCCCAAGGCGCUCACGUGCCCACAGUUGUCCACAACAAUGGAGCAACCAAGGUCACACUCCCCUCAGCCAUUCAGAUCGUCAAUGGGUCUGGAGCGUUACCGGUGCUCAAGACCCCCAUCGCACAGGUGCUCUCUGUUCAGAACAAAGGCCUUCACCAGUCAUCUUUGACCGCAGUUUCCACUGAUGCCUCAUCUUCUAAGAAUCUCCCCAAAGUGAUGAUUCCUUUGAGCAGCAUACCCACCUAUAAUGCCUCCAUGGACUCCUCCUCCUUUUUGAAGACCUCUUUCAGCAAAUUCCCGUAUCCCACAAAGGCGGAGCUCUGCUACCUGACUGUGGUCACCAAGUUCCCAGAGGAGCAGAUCAAGAUCUGGUUCACAGCGCAACGACUUAAACAAGGCAUCAGCUGGUCUCCUGAGGAGAUUGAGGAGGCCAGGAGGAAAAUGUUUAACACCGUCAUACAAACAGCUUCCACUAGCGCACACAAUCAGCCACAGAGUCAGGCUCCGCACACCAUCACGGUCCUGGGGGCCACUGGGAUCCCUCAAAUCCUGCAGGGGUCUCUCAUUAGUCAAGGCGGGGUCAUCGUCACGCAGCCCAUGAUGGCCAACGGCAUUCAGGUCAACGGUACCCCUGUGGCGCUGGCUGUCACACCCAAGCCUCAGGCAGCGGCCCGGCCUACGAUGCAAGCCCGGCCCGCUGCGGCCCCUGUGGCCGACAAGGGCGCUGGCAUGUUGGUGGGCUCGGUGGCCAGCGGCAGUUCGGGAACCAACGUCAUUGGCAGCAGUAAGAGCAGCAGGAGUGGAGGAGCGUCUGCGAGCAACGUCAUUAGCAGCAACACUCAAGCUAGUGUCAUUAACCUCACUCUAGGUAGUAAUAAUCAUGGCAAUGCAAAGGUGAGCAGUGGCAAUGUGAAAUGCCACAGCAACGGCAAGAGCAAAAGCGACGUCAGUAAAAGUGCAUAUCACACCAAAGUCGGCGCAGACAGCAAGUCUUCGAACGGCAGCAGCAGCACAAACGACAGCAACGGGCAAAAGAGCAAAAACACAGGCAGUGGCGGGAACAAAACUGACGCCGGUGCGGAUGACGCGGAUCCGAGCACGAGCAACUCCUUCAAAAUGGACGAAGCCUCCUCGCCCUCCUCCAAAUCCUCGUCGCCGUCUCCCGUGGCAGGCGGCUCUCGCGGUAUCAACACCUUUCUGGACCCUGGCUUUUGCAAGGGCAAGAAGUCCCAGGAGCAGCUAGGCACUCUUAAGGACAGUUUUCUGAACAAUGCCUAUCCCGACCAGGAGGAGGUGGACCGCCUCAUCUCACUGACAGGACUGACGGUGCGCGAAGUCCGCAAGUGGUUCAGCGAUAGACGCUACCAUCUCCGUAACCUCAAGGGCCCGCGCUCCGGCCCGGGUGGGCCAAACAAGUCGUCGUCAGGGAGCGGGGCAGCAGCCGGUGAUGAGGGCAGCCCUGGGCCGAUCGAUCUGUCUGAAAAUGGCGGCGCUAAAACGCCGCAGCACAGUUCUGCUCCUCUGAGCCCGACGUCAACGCACACUCCCACAUCCCCUUCCACGCCCUCGCGUAAACUGCCCAGGUCACCAUCUCCUGAUUUCACCAUUGUCCGCUACAAGGAGAGAGAACCCCACCAGAUCAAAGCGCUGGAGGCCAGCUUCGCUCAGGCUGCCGAACCGUCAGGAGAAGAAGUGGACCGAUUGCGAAGUGAGACAAAGAUGACCAGAAGGGAGAUACACAAUUGGUUCACCGAGAGGAGGAAGAAAGCAGCGGCGUCUGAAAGACGGAAAGAGGAGACGGCGCGGGCGUCGGGCGCUGGGGCGGAAGCCAACGGGGAUGAGGGACUAAACGACGACAUUUCAGGCGAACUCAAAGUCAACCCGAUUAAGAUCAAUCUAAAGAUGCUUAAGGUGACCGAAGCCAACGGCAAACCCGAGGACGAGGUGGCGGACGGCCACGGGGCGAGCACUCAAUCCAGCCUGUCUAUGAACCCGGCGCCAACGCCCGCCGUCAAAGGGGCCGUUCUGCGAGGGAAGAAGACGGCCGAGCAGUUGCACCUGCUCAAGCGAGUGUACGCGCGAACCCAGUGGCCCAGCGCCGCUCAGUACGACGAGCUCAUCUCGGGCACGGGGCUGCCCCGGCCCGAUGUGGUGCGCUGGUUCGGGGACUGUCGCUACAUGCAGAAGAACAGCCAGCUCAAGUGGUUGGAGGCGUACCAGAACACGGCCCUGGACGAGGACCUCCACCAGGAUAAUGAGCGUUUCCUUCAGGCCCACCUCGACAGCUGCGGCGGCCAGGAAGAGUCGCAGUUGCAGGAACUGGCAAAGGUGACCGGUUUGACAACAGAUCUGGUGAGACACUGGUUGGCCACCAAGGAAUCUGGAGCUCGACCAGAACGAGUGUCUACUUCAAAACCCGCAGCAGGCGUAGCAGCAGCUGAGCCGCCGCCGCCGCCACUAGGCCCCUCCCCUUUGGAGCCGCACCCGAGAGGAAGUAACGAGAAAAUUGAGCAAUCGCUCUGCGGCCAAGCAGGGGAGGGCAACACUCACAAGACUACUAAAGGAGCAGAUUGACCAACGCGGCAAGAUAACCGAACGGAAAUGGGCUUUGAAAAUGGCGUGUGGAUGUGACCUCAGCCGCUACGCAAGAUGGACACAGAAACCUAUAGCCCUGCAGCCCACCCUGACCCUUUUGUUUUCUUCAUGCCCCUUCUUAAGAUUUGCUGUGCAUCAUGUCCCUUAUUGGCUGUUUAGGUAGUAGUGGAAGAAAAAGUGAUGGUAGAAUUAAAAAAAUAAGUGUGGUGGGGUUCUACAGAUACUGAAGAGCUUUCGCCAUAAUUUGCUUUGCUGAUGGAUGGGUUUCCUGAAGCCUUAAAAAAAAAAA